AUGGCUUUCAUACGACCUUAUGAGGCACGAGACUUUGAUGCCAUGACGCACAUUUGCUGCGAGACUCUGCCUCCAACGCUUGACGCGUCCAAGGGGGCUUAUCACUUUGCACCUCUUCUGUGGACGCACCCAUACACGUACCACUCGCCAUCGACGUGCCUGGUUCUGGACUCUGGUGACGGCACCGUCGUGGGUUACUGCAUUGCCUGUCCAGACGUGCUCGCCCUCAAGGCCGCGUGGCCAUCCUACCUCGCUACCGUCCCUCAACCAGAGAUUCAUCUCGACGAAGAUGACGACGUCGGGAGACACCUAGCAGAACUACUCCAAGAUCCAGAAGCACUGCUGACAAAGGGCUGCGAGGAUCUCAUCCGCCAGGGCAACCGGGCAACGCUGCACAUUGACCUCCUCGACGAAUGGCAGCGACGGGGCUGGGGAGGCAAGCUGAUCUCGGAGGUGAUGUCAAGGCUGACGGCGGCUUCCGACGGAGUAGGAGGAGUGUAUGUUGGGAUCGCGGGGGAGAAUGACAAGGUGGUUCCCUUCUAUGAGCGCAUGGGGUUUCGGAUCUUUGGUGAAAAGGGCCGAGAGACCAUCUUGAUGGUGAGGGAAUUUCCCGGGGUUGGAGAACGAGAUCGGGAGAGAUCGGACUGA